AUGGGAACUAGAGGGCGGAAAGUGAGAAAUGAGGGGGAAGGGGAGGGCAUGAAAAGGAAGGAAGGGUUGAGAAGGGAUGGGGAAGGGAAGGGUAAGGCAGGGAGGGAAAGGCAGGGAUUGGGAGGGCAGGUGGGAACAGGGCAGAGGGUGGGGGGAAGGAGGGCUGAGGGUGGUGGGAAGGAGAGUGAGAGUGCGAGAGGACGGAGAGAGAGUGCGAAAGGACUGAGAGAGAGAAGGGGAUGGGGGGGAGCAGGGAAGGGGAUGGGGGGAAGCAGGGAAGGGGAUGGGGGGAAGCAGGGAAGGGGAUGGGGGGAAGCAGGGAAGGGGAUGGGGGGAAGCAGGGAAGGGGAUGGGGGGAAGCAGGGAAGGGGAGGGGGGGAAGCAGGGAAGGGGAUGGGGGGAAGCAGGGAAGGGGAUGGGGGGAAGCAGGGAAGGGGAUGGGGGGAAGCAGGGAAGGGGGUCGGGGGAACGGGGGCAAAUGACGGGGAGAGAGCUGGAGGGAGGAUGGUACUAUGCCAUCUCAUCCCAUGCUCCAUCCCUCCAUCGCACACAAUCCCUCCAUCUCACACCAUCACCCAAUUUCAAAUCACCCUCCCGUCUCACACAAUCCAUCCGACCCCCUCCCAUCCAACACCAUAUUUCAAACCCCCUCUGUCCAUCCCUCUCUCUCCCUCCUCCUCUCUCCCUCCCCCUCUCUCCCUCCCCCUCUCUCCCUCCUCCUCUCCCUCUCCCCCUCGUUCCCUCCCCCACUGUCUCCGUCCCUCUGUCCCUCCCCCUCUGUCCCUCCCCCUCUCUCCCCCCCCCUCUCCCCCUCCCCCUCUCACCCUCCUCCUCUGUCCCGUGUAUGUGGGGGGGAGGAGGGCGGGUAUGUGGGGGGGAGGAGGGCGGGUAUGUGGGGGGGAGGAGGGCGGGUAUGUGUGGGGGAGGAGGACGGGUAUGUGGGGGGGAGGAGGGCGGGUAUGUGGGGGGGAGGAGGGCGGGUAUGUGGGGGGGAGGAGGGCGGGUAUGUGGGGGGGAGGAGGACGGGUAUGUGGGGGGGAGGAGGGCGGGUAUGUGGGGGGGAGGAGGGCGGGUAUGUGGGGGGGAGGAGGGCGGGUAUGUGGGGGGGAGGAGGGCGGGUAUGUGGGGGGGAGGAGGGCGGGUAUGUGGGGGGGAGGAGGGCGGGUAUGUGGGGGGGAGGAGGGCGGGUAUGUGGGGGGGAGGAGGGCGGGUAUGUGGGGGGGAGGAGGGCGGGUAUGUGGGGGGGAGGAGGGCGGGUAUGAGGAGGAACACGAGGGCGUGUGGUGUUGGGCGAAGGCGGGUGGUGCGGGGGGAGGAAGGUCGGUGCUAUGCGUGGGGGAAGGCAGGUGGUGUGGGGAGAAGAAGAUGGGUGGUGUAUGUGGGGGGUAA